GGACUCCUCCGGAAUAAAUCGACUGCUAAUCCAGAGCGAAGGCGGUCCUACGGUCUGGAUUGGAAGACGUUUGAUUUACACGCACACUGAUAAGUUGACAGCGAAGAUGCCUGCUCAGACAUACGAGUUCAAGAUGGAGAUGACUUGUGAAGGAUGUUCAGGGGCCGCUAAACGGGUCCUUGGAAAACUGGGAGAGAAAGUCUCCAACAUCGAUGCUGAUAUUUCCUCCCAAAAGGUGACAGUUACAUCAGAGUUGAGCGCUGAUGAACUUCUAGAAACUUUAAAGAAAACUGGAAAAACUGUCAGCUACAUUGGAGUGAAAAAGUAA